UGUCACUUGCCGGGUGUUGUUGUUUUCGAACCAGCCGCAAUUGCUCCGUGAAAAAGUUUGAGAAAGUAAAGAAAAAUACAAAUUUCAGGACAUUAAAGUUAAAUUAUUUGAUAAGCAAGAGCUUAAGCGCAAGAGGGAAAGUGUUUUCGUAGAGCUUUUCCUCGUCCUUCUUAAUCCCCUUAUAGUAAGACUAAAUUGAAGCGGAUUAGGUGUUAAUGAACACACCGCGAAACCCACCGGAACGCAACACCUCGUUGGACCCCACUCGUAGUGUGGAUUGUGCAAAACAAGACAUCGGCCAACCACUUUAUCUCUUAUCAGCAGUAAACACCAUCGCAAGGCAGGAGGAAAAAAAGGGCCGUAAACGAUACACCACACAUCGUUAAUGCUCAGUGUACGUAGUUCUUGCGCGUACGCAGAAGCAUACGCACCGUGCGACCGGACCGGACUCGGAGAACCAGUUUUAUUUGUAGCUUCAUUUAGUGCCCAAAAUUGAAUGAUACAGCAUAUUUACAUAAACCGGUUUUUGGCACAAGGGACAGCGAACUACAAGAAGAGCGCAGCAUGUUUGCCAGACGAAUUCUUCUCACAAACAGACAUCUGUUGCAGUCGUCGUCUUGUAGAGUGAUUCCCGUUGUUGUGGACAGCAAUGCAACAGGUGACAAGGCGGGAGGAUGGAUGCAAACAGCGUUGCUACAUCAGGGACAGCAGCAUCAAUCAGGCGGCGGCAGCGGCACCUCGGCCGGUGUGUCAUCGUUAUCUGCGACAGCCGUCAUCUUGGGAGGAUCAUUACUGACGUAUCUGAUAACGGAAAAGAUAAAGAAAGGCUCACCGCAUGUCUUCGCGAAGGAAGCAUCGCUAGACGAAAUUCGCAAAGCACACGACACCGUGCGGAAGGACCUGCCCGAAUACACGAUGGACGAGAUCGUGCAGCACAACGCACCGGCCGCCGGCAUUUGGGUAACGUACGGUGUCGGUGUGUACGACAUAACGUCCUUCGUUCCGAAACAUCCGGGCAGCGAUAAGGUGAUGCUGGCGGCCGGUGGCGCAAUCGACCCGUUUUGGCACAUCUUCCAGCAGCACAACACGCAUGAGGUGCUGUCCCUGCUGGAAACGUACCGCAUUGGAAAUUUGCGGCCAGACGAUGUGGUGGGAACGAAAGAUUUGCACGACCCAUGGUCUGGGGAGCCGAAGCGCCAUCCCAUACUGAAACCUGCCACACUGAAACCCUUCAAUGCGGAACCACCGGCUUCGGUGCUAGUGGAUAGCUUCCUGACGCCAAAUGAAUUCUUUUACGUACGGAACCAUCUGCCCGUGCCGGAAGUGGACAUAAAAAGCUACGAGCUCGACAUGGAGAACGAGAAGACGGGCCGGAGCAAAACGAUCCGCUUUGCCGAUCUGCUCAAGUACCCGAAGCACACCGUCACGGCCACAAUCAUGUGCGGCGGUAAUCGGCGCAGCGAAAUGAUGGAAGUCAAACCGAUCAAGGGACUGCCGUGGGGUGCGUCGGCGGUGGGCAAUGCCAGGUGGACCGGUGCCCGUCUCUGCGACGUGUUGCGCGACAUGGGUGUGCGGCCGGGCGAUGAGGAAGGACACGUACAGUUCGAAGGACUCGAUACCGAUCCGACCAGCACACCGUACGGUGCGUCGAUUCCACUCGCCAAAGCAAUGGACCCGCGCGGUGAUGUCAUUCUGGCGUACGAAAUGAACGGACAACCGUUGAACCGUGAUCACGGGUUUCCUGUGCGCGUAAUCGUUCCCGGUGUGGUAGGAUCGCGGAACGUGAAAUGGUUGGGAAAGAUUAUCGUAUCGCGCAACGAAAGCGCUUCCCACUGGCAGCAGAACGAUUACAAAUCGUUCAGCCCCAGCACCGAUUGGGAUACGGUCGACUUUAAGAGUGCGCCGGCCAUCCAGAACAUGCCCAUCACGUCCGCCAUCUGUACGCCGGCCAGCGGGGAAACGGUGAAGGCGGAGGAUGGGUACGUGACGGUGAAGGGAUACGCGUGGUCCGGUGGUGGAUCGGAAAUCGUUCGUGUCGACCUGAGUGCGGACGGUGGUAAAACGUGGAUCGUGGCGAAGCUGGACGAAAGUGAGCGGGGCACCGGACCGGGACGUCACUGGUCGUGGUCGUUGUGGUCGGCUAAGGUACCGGUGAAAGCGGGACAGAAAGGACCGAUCGAAAUACUGUCGAAAGCGGUCGACAGCAACUACAACACGCAGCCGGAAUCGUUCGCCAACAUCUGGAAUCUGCGCGGUGUGGUUGGCAAUGCGUACAGUCGGGUGAAAGUUAACGUUAAGUAACUGGCACUCGCGGGUGAUAAGCUCGAGCGACUGAUAAGAGACAGGCUAAAGUUAAACCCCGAUUGACCUAAUUUGAUUAUGGCAAUGAAUUCUGAGCAAAAGUCAUGUUCACUUACCUAGUGAGUAUCGUUUGGGAGGUCGCAGCUAAGCUGUUGGUGCAAUUUUCUCUUUCUUUUCGGUUGUAAUAGGUGAUGGAAAAGGCGAACAAAUAAAAUAGUGAUACAGUUCUCAGAGAAGGAUACCAGGGUAAAGUUUCGAUAGUAUAUGUCGAUAUGAUAAAAUAAUGCUCACCUGUUUCGUUUCUAGUUGACUAUGUAAUUCUACGACGUUUCUUUAAUCGUAAUAGCACCAGGGAUCGGAACAUGGAGGCCGAUCGGAACUUCCAAGCCUACUGAAAGAAUAAAUCACUUCAAGAUCCUUUGCCAA